GCAAGACAGAAUAUCAAACAUGGUUACCAGUUGUUUGGAGUUUUAAAUAUGAUACAAAAAUGUAUUUAGAUUAAUGUUUUGUUAAAAAGGAUAUCAAAGUCGUAAGUGCGAACUACAUGUAUUGAGAAAUAAUAUUGUGAAGGAGAAGGAAAACAGCGGGACAUAUCGUAUAACGGAAAUCUAAGCGGCUUGAAGCCAUGGAAAAAUCGCAGCAUUUUCACAGAGCCAUGGAACUGAAUUUGAGCAUUGGAUCAGAAAGUAUGCGGGAAUUGACACGAAAAUACCUGAAAGAUAAGGGUGUUACACUCAAAGAACAUUUGCAAGAACCUACAGUUAAACAAAUACUAGAAAAACUUCGGUUGUUUCCUGAUCAAAAACAAAUCCUGGCAGAUCCAGACCCAACACUGAGCUCCAUGGAUGUUUCUUUACUUACUAUCGUAUUGCUAAACACAUUCCCUGGUCAAAUUAAUCAAGGAGAUAAAAAGUCUAUUGAAGGGCUUAAAGAUAAGCGAAACCAGUUGUCUCACAAAGUUAAAGCAGAACUCAACGACGAUAAACUAUUUAAAGAAUCUAGCCAAUUAAUACUGACAAUUUCUAAAUCUAUAGACAGGACUUUUAACCAAAACAUGGUCAAGAGUAUCAACGAGCUGCGUAGACGAGAACUUGUUCGCACGUGUAGCAAUUUAGACAGAAUUCAAAUAAACAAUGAAAUUUAUAUGUUGAAGUUAGCAGAGUCGUGUAGUACAGAUCAAGUUGACAGGGACAUGGAACUGAUGAUAAAAUUUGGUCUGACUAAAUGGAUUCGUCAGUUAUCAAGAGGUGUGGACGUUGCUGAAUUUUUGAAAAUUUUGAACACUCAAAGCAUAAUUAGCGAAAUACCCAAAAAGAGGGAUUUUGAGCAAGAAUAUUCAAACGAAGGACAAAUGCGACUGCUUGUUCUUCACAUGGUAAACCACGGGACAAAGAUGAUAUCAUAA